AUGGCUGUCAAGGGGGCCAUUGUUGUUUUCUUUGUUAUUGCAUCAGCAGCUUUGCUUUUUGUUUCUCCUCCACCAUCCGCUGACGCUCAUCCUCUGGCUUUCUGUCACUUUGAUCAAAUCUACCAACUCGGGGACUCCAUAUCAGACGCUGGGAAUUUGAUUCGGGAAUCUCCACUUGGAGCCUUUUUACCUUUCGCCCGAGCCCCCUACGGUCAGACCUUACUAACCCACGAAGCCACCGGCCGUUGCUCCGACGGGCUUCUUAUGAUCGACUACAUUGCGCUGGCAUCAGGUCUACCUCUUGUGAAUCCUAUCAAGGAUGCAAAGGCAAGUUUUAUGCACGGAGCAAACUUCGCGGUGGCCGGUGCUACAGCACUGUCAUCAGCUACUCUCGAUCGUCAUAAGAUUAGAAAUCCAGUGACCAAUAGUUCCCUCGACGUCCAACUGGAAUGGAUGAAAGAUCAUUUUCACGAAUUUUGCGGCAGCCAGAGACACUGUGAAACGAAGCUAAGAAACGCUCUCUUUAUGGUGGGUGAAAUCGGAGGCAACGAUUAUAAUUAUGCAUUCUUUAGCAACAAACGCAAAGUUGAAAUUCUAGACUUCGUACCUCAGGUUGUUGCCUCAAUCAAGAAAGCUGUUGAGAGGGUCAUUAGUUUUGGAGCAAGGAGAAUAGUGGUUCCUGGGAACUUUCCAAUUGGGUGUCUGCCAGUUUAUCUCACAGGCUUCAACACAGACAAUCCAGACGACUAUGACGAGAAUCAUUGCUUGAAGGGAUUAAACAGCUUUGCCACACUCCAUAAUAGUCUGCUGAAGAGGGCAAUUUCAGAACUGCAAAAGGAGAACCCACAGGUAACAAUUGCAUACGGGGACUAUUACGGUGCAUUUCAACAUCUUCUCCAGAUAGCUAAAUCUAGAGGUUUUGAGCUACAAAGAGCUUGCUGUGGAGGAGGAGGGGAGUACAACUUCAAUCAGACGAGAAUGUGUGGAUAUCCAGGGGCUACAGCUUGCCCUGAUCCCUACAGAUACGUCAGCUGGGAUGGAAUUCAUAUGACUCAAGAGGCUUACCACAUAAUGGUGGAUUGGUUAGUUGCUGAUUUUCUCUGGAAGCUCCAUUGCCACCGUUGA